AUGAACAUCUCAGAGUUAUGCCAGAAAUCGCCAGAAGAAGAUCCAUGUCAAUCCCCAACAUCCAAUGAGGUUGACAUGGGCUAUUUUGCAAAUUCUAGUCCAAUAUCUUUACAAAACACACCUGGAUCAGAAGAAUCCGAUUCAUUGAUUCAAUCACAACCAUCACCAAACUAUCAGCCUCCAUCAUCAACAACAUUCUCGGCUGUAAUAUCACCCCGCUUAGAAAACCUCGAUAAUCCAGACGACCGCGAAGCUCAGACGCCUUUGGAACCAGGGGAUUUAAAAGAGGUGAUUGACAAAUGCUUCACGUUGUGUCAAGAUAUGGCUCGCCUAAAGUAUGAGAGUAACAGACUUUCCCAAGAAGGUCGAGACGCCUUUUUUGACUUUAUUUCCAAGGGUGCCAAUGAUAUUCUGGAAUCUCUUCAGGUUAUAGAAGGCAGAUCAACUUCAAAGACAAACUUUACUGACACAUUUAUGGGAUCAGAAAGAAAGGCUGACGAAACAGAAUAUGAUCUGAUACGCCAGGCACGAAAUGUCCAAGAUAAUUCUCAUACAAAAUAUCGAAGACGAAGUAAACGAAGCAUGGUUGGCCAAAGAUGUCACUCGUGUAAUACCACCAAUACACCUGAAUGGCGUCGAGGCCCAGACGGUGCACGAACACUAUGUAAUGCAUGCGGUCUACAUUAUUCAAAGCUUUUACGGAAAGGAUCUCUUACAGUCCAGUCAUCACAUUGUAUCGGCCCAUCCCCUUAUGCCUCUUCAUAUCUGCAAUCUUCCACACGCUUUUCUGAAAUUCAGAUGCCCGAACAAUACUUUGGGAAUAUCAAUAGACCAGUUGAUCAUUAA